CAUAAUAUUGAAACGUUUCAAUAUUGCAAACAUUUUAAUAGAUACUUAUUAUUUUUUACAUCUUAACAGAUAAUCUGACCCGUAACUAUGGUAAAAUGCUUCGAACGGAAGUAGACGCCUUCUGUGCAUGCGUGGUACGGACGGACAUCUCCUGACGCUCUUAUGACGUAAAAUACCGGAAAAACAUGGCUACCAACCUGAGCAGCACCUGUCAUGCGGAGAGUCCAGAAGACUGCGCCAUCUGCUUAGACACAAUUCAGGAGAGGAAAACUCUAAAAUGUCUCCAUUCCUUUUGCUCAGGGUGCAUUGACUCUGUUUUCAGUCGCAAGCCUGCGUGUCCGGUAUGCAACACCUUCCAUGGAGUCUACACCGGGACGCAGCCCCGGGGCUCGAUGACGGUGACCCGCAGCUGGCUGAGUCUGCCGGGCUUCGAGCACUGCGGCUCCAUUGUCAUUCAGUACAUUUUCCCAGCAGGGAUACAAGGGCCUGAGCACCCGAACCCUGGGGUGAGCUACAGCAGCACGUCUCGUACCGCCUUCCUGCCAGACUGCGCUGAGGGAGAGAAAGUCCUGAGGCUACUAAGGACAGCGUUUGACCGAAGACUCACAUUUACCAUCGGCCGAUCAGCCACCACAGGCCUCAACAACGUCAUCACCUGGAACGACAUUCACCACAAGACCAGCAUCGGAGGCGGCCCACAGCACUUUGGAUAUCCAGAUCCAGAAUACUUGCUCAGGGUUCAAGAAGAGCUGCGCCUCAAAGGCGUGACAGAAGAUGGCUGAUGAGCCACGAUGCCCGUUAGAUUUAUUUUUAUUAUUAUUAUUUAUAAUAAAGUUUCAAAUAGCACGUCUGCACUAUUAAGCUGUUCUCCUUUUGGAGGAAAAGAUGAAUCCAGUUUUCCAAAAAUUUUAUCUGUAGUAUGAAGAGAUUAUACUUGAAACAUGUUUGUUACCUGAGAAAAUAAAGAUGGAGGAACUUUGUUACAAUCA